AUCUGGAUCUUCAGAACAGUUUUCUCAUCAAGGAAAUUUAAUUCAAUCAACUACCGGAAAUUAUACUCUCCAAUCACUUCCUGCUUAUUUACAACCAGGUUCUUCUCAUACAUUCCCAAAACCGAAUAAAAAAAUGAAGAUCUUGAAUUGGUCCAAAAUUCCAUCAGCUAACGUCAUUGGGCAAUCAAUAUGGAAUGAACUAUAUCAGGAAUCAAGCAAUGUUCAUCUUAACUUUGAACAAGUAGAAGAAUUGUUUUGUCAAAAGUCGACAAGUAAACCUUUGAUUAAUGAGAAAAAGAAGUUAAAUAAAAACGCUUCUGAGGUAAAUUUGCUAGAUCCAAAAAGAAGUCUGAACAUUAAUAUAUUUUUGAAGCAAUUCAAAGGAGGAGAAAAACAACUGGUGGAAUUGAUUCAAAAUUGUCAAUCUACAAAAAUAGGAUCUGAGAGAUUGAGAACAUUGAUUAAAAUUUUGCCCGCCUGCAAUGAAUUGAUUUCUGUGAAAGAAUACAACGGUGACAAAACCAGAUUGGGAAUAGCAGAGAAAUUUUAUUUACUUCUAUCCGAAGUGAAAGCCUACAAAACAAGAAUUCAAGGAAUGAUACAAAUAGAAGAAUUUCAACCAAGUGUGGACGUUCUCAAACCUCAAAUAAAGCAUUACCUAGAAACUUGCGAGACGAUUCUCAACAACAAAUCUCUUAAAGAUUUCUUUAAAAUCAUUUUGGUUACCGGAAACUUCUUAAAUUCCGGAAGUUACGCUGGAAAUGCUUUUGGAUUUCGAUUGAAUACUUUGGGGAAAUUAAUGGAAACGAGAGCCAACAAACCACGAAUGACAUUGUUGCAUUAUUUAGUGGAUGUUGCUGAGAAAGAAGAUCAGGAGAUGCUGAAUUUCACAAACGAUCUUCAGUUUUUGUCAGAAUGUUCCAAGUGA